AUAUUGACAUUUUACUAACAUGUCAAAUUUAAUUUAAUUUAACCUCUAAAUUGCUACUGUCAAGAAUUUAGUAGUAUUUAGAGGAUAUGAUUAUAUAUUUCUACUAUGUAACAUGACAAUAAGAAAUAUUUAAUAGCACUAUGAGGCUAAAAUCAAAAAAGAGGGUAAUGAUGAAAAUGAAGAAGGUAGCGACUGCUCCUAGAAGUACAUUCUUAAAAGUAGAAACCAAAGAGGAUAUUGUACCUAAAAAUGAAGUCGAAUCUGACGACGAGAAAAAAGAACAAGAUGUUAAACCUUCAACAAGCAUAUCUACAAAUCCCACUGAAGUUGAAAAAAGUCAAAUUAAAAUUUGUAGAUUGUGCCUAGUAUUUAUAGACGAUAAAGUUAUACCACUAAGUAAAAUUAUUGCCAUGCUACAAAUUGUACUUCCAGAGGUUGAUCCCAAUAUUACCAAAGAACCCGUUGUAUGUCAAGUUUGCUCAGAUUUUCUAGAAAAGGCCUCAAAUUUCAUGAUAAACAGCUUAAAUGUUGAACAGAAAAUAAAAAAUUAUUAUGAGCUAGUCAAAUGUGAAGAACAAAUUGAUUUGUUCAGUGUAUUGGAAUUUGCAUUUCCAAAAAUUGAAAUGGAAAGUGAUGUAACAAAAAAACAAGAAAGUGAAGCAACAGAUUCAAAUUGUCUUUCUAUAAACUCGGUCACUCCAACUGAGGAGAAAGGAGAAACUGAAAUGACCGAAAAUAAAAAACCUACUAAACUUCAAGUCCGAGCCGACUCUCAUGGUAUCACAUACUACAACUGCCCGUUAUGUUCUUUUAAAACAAAAUACAAAUACAGUAUGAAAAUUCAUAAAGAUAUGAUGCAUACUGAUCCAGAUGAAAUUGUUCUUUACUAUUGUGCCAUGUGUACCUUUAAAACGAAACAUAAACGGUACCUGGAAACUCACAUGCUAGUACACAAAGACCCAGAAGACUGUGAAAUGCACAAAUGCAAUGUUUGCAAUUUCAAAACGAAAUUCAAGAGUUACCUAAAAACGCACAUGCUCAUACAUAAGAGUCCAAAUGAAAUACCAAUGCACAAAUGUGAAUAUUGUAGUUUUAAAACCAAACACAAAAAAUACUUGGAUACACAUAUACUCAUACACAUGAAUCCUGAUGAUGUACCUAUGCAUUGCUGUACUAUCUGUGAUUUUAAAACCAAAUCGAAACCAUAUUUGAAAACGCAUAUGUUGACACACAAGAAACCCGAAGAAGUUCAGAUGCAUCAGUGUGACGAAUGCAGCUUUAAAACAAAGUUCAAAUAUUACUUGAACAGACAUAUGUUGAUCCAUAAGAACCCAGAUGAAAUCCCGAUGUAUCAAUGUGAUCAGUGUAAUUUUCGAACUAGACAUAAAAAAUAUCUGGAAACACACAGUAUGAUACAUAAAAAUCCAGAAGAACUCACAAUGUAUUCCUGCAAUCAGUGUGAAUUUCAAACGAAAUCAAAAGCUUACCUUUUUAAAACCCACAUGCAAAUCCACAAAAAUCCCGACGAAUUAGUUUUGCACAAAUGUAAGUUGUGCGCAUUUAAAACAAGACACAAGAGUUACCUGGAAACACACAUGCUUACGCACAAAAGUCCAGAGGAAGUAACAAUGCAUUACUGUAAAGAAUGUGACUUUCGUACAAAAUUCAAGCAUUACCUCAAGAGACAUAUGCUUGUUCACCUAGCCCCGGACGAGUGUGUCAUGUACAGAUGUUGGGAAUGCGAUUUUGAGACUAAACACAAAAAUUAUUUGGAUACUCACAUCUUGUACGUUCACAAAAGCAAAGAAGAAGUGCCCCUACAUUCUUGUCAAUUGUGUGAUUUUCAGACCAAGUCUAAAGGAUAUUUGAAGACUCACAUGCUGCUCCACAGGAGCCCCAACGAGGUAACUAUGUAUAAGUGCAAAAAAUGUAAAUUCAAGACUAAACAUAAGAGUUAUCUUAAAACGCAUAUGAAUCAUAUGCACACUAGGAAGUUGUAGUUCAUUUUUAAUUCCAUAUUGAAAGUUGGUACUUUACAAGUGAGAGUUUCUCAACCAACAACUAAAUCCGUGAGCAAAAAAAUACCAUAUAAUCGCCAUUCACUGGUAAAAAAACUGAACACGAAAUUGUAUUUUUUUGAUGAAAUCUUCUUCAAAAUGAUAUAAAAUAUUGUACCGUUAACAACAAACAUGUACAUGAAAAUUGACAUAACAAGUGAUAAAGCAACUCAAGCGGUCACCUUGAAUAAAGUGAGUCUGCUCUUUCCAUAAUUUACUGUGUCCAACAAGAGCAAAGAGAAAAGUGAUGAGCAGCUGGACGAUAGGAAGAAGACUUAAGGCAGCUAAUCUUGAACCAAAAUUGUCAGCUACCAGCUCCAAAUUAAUCCUACCUCACCGAGCAGCUCGUCUACCAUUUGCCAGAUAACAUGUUAAUUGGACUGAUGAACAAUGGGGCUCCAUGGCUUUUGGAGGUUUGGAAAGGCAUUCAUUGGAAGCAAAAACCAAGUUGGUUUUGAAACUGGUGAUGUAGCGGGGGGAUUAACAAAGAACCGAUACAUAGAAGAAAUUUUAGGGGAUCAUGCCGUUCCCUAUGCCUAAUAUAGGACAAUGCCCGUCCACAUAAUACAGAUACUGUUCGGUGGUAUUUACAGGAUGUCAAAAUUGUCGCUAUUGGCCAGCGCGUAGUCCGGAUUUAAAUCCUAUCGAUCAUUUAUGAUAUGAACUUAACCUCAAAAUAGGGCUCACUGAAGAAUGAGAUAACAUCGAACAAGAUGGAGUAAAGAAACUUAUUCUAUUCAUAGAAAAGCUAUAGGAUUUAAGCUUUUAUUUUCUUUACUGUUAAUCAUAACCCGUUUUCAUUGUUUAAGAUUUCUUUUCGUUUGAUAUUUUUUCUUUUGUUAAAAAAAUAACUCAAUAACAACAUGACCACUCAUUAUAAAGCUGAGACUAAUGACUUUGAGAUGCUAGAAUCUGAAAAAGAAUGGAAUCUACAGAUUUUCCCCUAAACUUUUGAUUUUUUGCUCACGAGUUUAGUUGGUAUUUCAAUUUUUUAUAUUGGAUACUCAGAAACUCUCCCGCCAAAUGCAAUUUACUGUAUUAGAAGUAAUUCCAUGUACUAAUUCACCACAAUCCAAAAGUUAGGUCAGUUUUUGAGAUAAGUUAAUUUUUUUGAGAAAUUUUUAACAAUACACUAUAAGGUUCUUGUUUUCACUAUUUUCAAGAAAAAUCAAGUUGUUAACCAGAUUUGUUUCGUUUUUAAAAAAUUGAGAUUUUUAACGAGACAAAUACUAUUAAAUUGAUGACCAUCAUUUGGUUAUAGACAUAAAUCUAAUCGUUUACUGUAAGGAUUGUCUAACCAUUCAAAAAACUUUUCUAUAGAUUAAUACAAUUUUGUUAUGGAACAAAUUAAAAUCACAUGGAUUGAAAUGGGGCAAUUUGACAGUCCGAUUGCCUGUUCCUUCUCGUCUUAACCAAAGAAAAAUUCAAAAGUAUGAAAUAUUUCGUUCUGUGAUAAAUGUGACUAAAUAAUUUUAAUUUAUAUUUGUGCAGCUAUUAAUUCUUUGCAAUGUUUAAACUCUAAUUAUCUAUAUUUACUUUUUUUAAAUAUUUCUUAUUUCUUCAAAAAUAAAAAUUAGAUCAAGAGCUUUAUAUAAAUAGAUAAAAAAUUAUGUCAGUUAGACAAGAAGGAUACAAAUAUGUUCAACAAAAGGAAGGUAAAACAAAUCCAUUAUUAUUUAUCAUAGUGUUAGAUGAAAGAAUAAAAAGAGAAAAAAAAAACAAAGUCUGGAAAAUCAGAGACGUUAUAAUUUAGGAUAUGCUAUAUACAGAUGACAUAAUAGGUAGAAGAUGAAAAUAAAUGAAUACAAGACUGACAAUGAUAAUAUGCCGAAAGGAGAAGAAACAAAAAUAAAACAGGUUAAGAAUUUUAAUUAUUCUGGCAUGUCAUUACACAAGAUGGAAGAUUAGUACAAGAGAGGACUGGAGCAACUGGAAGAUUAUUCAAUUCGAUUAAGACACAGUUUUUAGCCAUGGAGUAGCUGGACAUAAAAAAAUAUGGUAGGGAAAAUGAGGAAUAUGAUGACAGAAACAAAAAACCAAAAAGACAGGAUAGGAAAGAAUGGAAACAGCUGUGGAAAGAGGAGUCUACGCAAUGACUCAACACUAACAAACCUAACAACUGGAAAGGUGGACAAACGGGAUUAAGUAAUAUAAUAUGGCUGACAAUGGUAAAUUAUACAUCAAAUUGGAUCAAGUUCUAUCUAAUGAAAUAUCUUUCCACAAAAACAAUUGUUUCCUUAUAUAAAUCAAUUGAAUUGAAUUUUAAUAUUUUUAUUUCAUUGUAAAAUUUUGUUUUUAAUCUACAAUUUUAUCAAAAUGUAAUUAUGGGGUUGAAACCCUACCACCGAAGGUGAAAAUUGCCAUAAAUUACCCCAAUUCCUUGGUGAAUCGUUAUUUUUUAACCAGCGGAAACUAAAACACAGCGUUGUUACUCUUAUUAUGCAGUGACAUUAAAAAAAGGCUUUUAAACACCUCUCAUUACAUCUUUUAAAGUACUCAACAGGAAUAAUGAUUUUAAGUUAAUGGUACUGAAUAAAAUAAAUGAGGGAAUAAUAUUUGGUAUCUUCUAUGUCAUUGUACUAUUUUUAAAUUACCUAAAGUACUAGAAUUGUACGAAUCGUCAUUAUCAAACAAGCAUUAUUUUAUUAAAAAGUGUCAUUUAUAAAAUAUAUUUUUGUUUAAAGUUCACUGAUUUACCGAUGCAAUGUCAUCUAAUUCAACCAUUUGGUGGUAAAACGUGACACUAAUGAGGUACUCGCAUUUUUUAAAAAGUGUUUUUUGUUCUUGAUAUAAAAUAAUGUCAGAAAGUAAAUAUUUAAUUGAAAAUUGCGAAAAUUUCAAAUUUUUAACUACAUGAGAAAACGAUUCUCAUUAGUUUUUAGUUGUGACGUCAUAGGUUUAUUAAAAACAUUUGUUGUCUGCUCGAUGAUCUCGAGGUUAUUGUUGCCGGCAACGUAGCGUGUGCUGUUAUAAUACAGUUUUUGUAUUUAUUGGUUACGUAUAAAUAAAACAUUUUUCUAUAUAUAAGAAUAAAGUGGAUGAACUUUUAUAGGUAAAGUUCUUACAGUAUUACAUAAUCACGUUAAAAAUUCAAAACAUAAUAAAUUUAAUUAUACCUCGCAGGAUAGUCAAAACGACCAACACUUUCAAACCAAUUUUGGUGUAGUACAUUCGAAUUUCUUGGUAUCAUCAGGUGUUUUAAUCGUGGUAUUUUUACAUCCGGGCUCAAAACACGAUUUAUAUACCAUUUUUUCAUUUUAAUCAAAGUUUUAUAAUUACGCAAAUUUUAGAAUAACUCGUAUUUACUUUGUAUCAUAUGCUGAGUGUUUAUUUUAUACCUAUGACUUCACGCAAUACGGCGACUUUGCUGAAAUUUUUGAACUACCCACAAAGUUUUUGAAUUUCCAAUACUUUUUUUCCUUAUAAAUAUUGAUCCAAGAAUUAAAAUAUAAACUAUCCAAAACUAUUUUUUUCUCAAACCAUUCAAGUACCCUAUUUAAAAUCUACAUGGACAGUACCUUAUAUUGUUUAAUUUUAAAUACCGCUUAUAUCAGCUAAUUCAAUUUGCCAUUUAAAAAAUUAGAAUUUUGUGUGUUGCUAUUAUAAUGUAGUACUAAAUAUGUAUGUGUGAUAAUUUGAUUUUCGUUGUGCCAUAUUUUUAUAUUUUUUUAAUUUAUGUACAAAAUAUAUAAACAACGUUGAAAAUUUUUAAUUGUUUAGAACAUUGUAGAACUAUAUUGGAUAUUUAUUUAAAGCGUUUUAUAUGUAUUGUAUGUCGUGUACGUUUUUUUUUAUUUUAAUAAAAUGAUUAUAAAUUUGAAA